AUGCCGACGACCAUGGACGAUUGGGUAAAGUACACCCGAAGGUUCGAUAACCAGUGGAGAGAGCUACAGAGUAUAAAAAGCUCCGUACCCUCAGCUACCGUUCGAUCCAGCAACCCAUUCCGCUACAACUCCUCCAACGCUCCCUCCUCCAUGAACAACUCCGUCGUACCCAUGGCCGUAGACUCGGUCAGAACAACCCUCACCGACGAAGAGCGCAACCGCCUCAGGAUGGAGGGUGGGUGCUUCUACUGUCGCCAGAAAGGACAUAUGGCAAACCAAUGCCCUGUCAGGGGUUCGUCUAGGUUAUAUGAAGGGUCAGCUAGAUAUGUUCAACAGAGUAGUGGAACGAUGGGGAACCGCUCGGCUCAGACCGGCGGCAGGAUGGGAGGCGGAGGAAGCGGCUAUGGCCGAGCGUUCUCGGCAGGAACUUCAGGCAGUGCUCAGGGAGGCGCUGCGACGCAAGGUAGAGGCGUGGCGACGACUAACCCAUUCCGAGCCCAACUCGCAGCUCGCCAAGCCCACGCACCCGGACCGGAUGCGCCUGUACGUGAGACGGAGCAUGAGAUUAGCCGAGAAGAGAUCCAAAGGGUUAUCGGGAAGAUGAGAUGGGAUGAACAGGAAGCACUCCUCUAG